UGAUCAUGAUAUUGUCACCUUUCAAAAAAAAUCGAAAUUACUUUUUCAAUUUCUACUGUAUAUUGAUAAAAAUAAUACACGAUUUUGUAUUUAUUUUUGGAUAAAAAGUAUAAACUUUCGUAUCCGUCGGUAAUUAACUAGUCGAUGAUGAUAAGCACGCUUUCCUAGCCACCACAAAGACGAAGUAAACUGAAGAAGAAAAAAAAAACGCACAGCUUCGUCCGACCACAGUCGCCGGAAAACUUGAUUCUUACUCAGCUCCGGGGAAGGAGGAACUAUUCUAGGGCUUGGUUGAUAAAAAAAAAAAAGAACUGCGCUUUUGUAUGAUAUGUUGUACUUGGUGCGUGAGAACCUCUUCAUCGGCAACAUCAAUGCAGCUGCAGAAGUACUUUUGAAUGGCAGUGAAGGAAUCACCCAUAUCUUAUCAGUUCUGAGCUCGGCUUCUAUCAGCUUUUUCUCAGAAUGGAAAUCCAGUUUCUCAGUUCCUACCAAAGAGAUUCGCACUGUGUACAUGGGGGAUUCAGAUUCAAAUGAAAAUUCAGAGGGUGAUGUAUCAGAUAAAACCGCAUUAUCCUCCAAGAAGAUUCUUUAUGUACUCGAGAAUGCAGGAAAGGAUUUGAAUCUGGUGAGGAUGGCUGUGCCAUUGAGAGACAUGGAGAGCGAGAAUUUGCUUGAUUCUUUAGAAGUUUGUUUGGAUUUCAUUGAUGAAAGUAGGAAAAAGGGUUCAGUUUUGGUUCAUUGCUUUGCAGGUGUAUCCAGAAGUGCAGCCAUCAUCACAGCAUACCUGAUGAGAACUGAAAGAAUUUCUCUAGAAGAUGCACUUGAAUCGUUACGCCAAAGCAAUGAAUCUGUUUGCCCUAAUGAUGGAUUUUUAGAACAGUUGAGCAUGUUUGAAGAUAUGGGUUUCAAGGUUGACCAUUCAACCACUAUAUAUAAACGCUUCCAUUUGAAGGUUUUAGGCGACUCAUACAACCGAGGAGAGAAAAUCGACACCACAAAGUUUGCUGCUGACCCUGGCUUGGCCAAGAAAGAAGUCACUAUCGGGACCGGAACGGCAUCACAGAAAGAAGUGAUUCCGACUCCGAUUCCGACUCCGGCGUCUGCAUUCCGGUGUAAAAAAUGUAGGAGAGUUGUUGCAUUGGAGGAGAAUGUUGUGAGUCAUGUUCCAGGGGAAGGGGAGAGUUCAUUUGAGUGGCAUAGAAGGAGAAGUGACAACUAUUUUAACAAAUAUGAUGAGCUUGAAUGCACCUCCAUUUUUGUUGAGCCUCUUCGUUGGAUGAAAACAGUGGAAGAAGGUGCAUUGGAAGGAAAGCUGUGGUGCAGUCACUGUGAAGGGAGUCCUUAUAUUCAAGACGAUAAGAAAAGAAUUUCACAACCAUAA